AUGGACUUGGAUCUCAUUUUCUUGAACUUCGCGGAGGUCUCUCCAGCGCAGGUGGAUGGCUUGGCCGCCGCCGCUGGUCAGGGCAGACUGGAGGAGGUUGAGUCCAUGCUUCAGCUGCCACAAGACCCAGACCUCCCCUCCUACGGCUUCCGACCUCUGGGGUGCGCAGCUUACGCAGGUCACUUGCAAGCUGCAGCCUUGCUGCUGGAGGCAGGCGCAGCGCCCUGCGGGCUAUCCACGGGGUCGGACGGUGGAACACCUUUGAUGAUGGCAGCUGGCCGAGGUCACACCGAAAUGGUCCGCUUGCUUCUGGCGGCUGGCGUCGAAAAGGAUCCUGUGAACAUUCACAGCGGCAAGACAGCUUUGAUGAAUGCAUCCGAGAACGGUCAUGUCGAGGUUGUGCACCUGCUGCUCGAGGCAGGUGCCGACGUGAAUGUGAAAGACCCGUGCGGAUGCAGCGGCCACACUGCUUUAAUUCUGGCAGCUAUGCAGCCUCAUGUGAAAGUGUUGCGGUUGCUGCUGGAGGCUAGUGCCGACAAGAACUUGGCAGACGACAAUGGCUGCACAGCCUUGAUGGCGGCAUCGUUCAAGGGUCAUGUCGAAGUCGUCCGUCUGCUGCUGGAUGUUGGCGCACGCCAGGAUUUAGCAGACGACAGUGGCAUGACAGCUUUAAUGCUAGCAGCCGGGGUAUGUCAUGUGGAAGUUUUGCGUUCGCUGCUGGGAGCUGGCGCCGACCAAAGCCUGGUUGACUCAGCUUUCAUGGUGGUGCUUGGACGUAGGCAUUUCGAGGCAUUUCGUUUGCUGCUGAACGCUGGGGCUAGCAAGGAUUUGGCGGACGCUAGUGGCCGCACAGCCUUAAUGCUGGCAGCUGAGCAAUGUCAAUUGGAACUCCUGCGUUUGCUACUAGAGGCUGGUGCCGAUAAGAACCUCGCAGACAACAACGGCUACACAGCUUUGAUGGUGGCAUGGACUGUCGAAGCAUUGCGUUUGCUGUUGGCUGCUGGCGCCAGCACGGAUCUGGUAGACAACAAGGGGAACACAGCUUUGAUGCUAGCAUCUAGCAAGGGCCAGGUCGAACACGUCCGCUUGCUGCUGGAUGCCGGUGCCAACAAGGAUGUUGCGAAUGACAAUGGCAGCACAGCCUUGUCUAUGGCAAUUUCGCAAGGUCAUUCUCAAGUCGAGCUCUUGCUCCAGCAGGGGGUGGGGGCCGACAAGUAG